AUGAGCGACGCGAUGGCGUUCAACAGCCACGUUGGCCAGGACAGUUUGAUUGCCCAGUGGACGUUGUGCAUGUCAUUCUUUCAGUCUGUCCUGGUGUCGUGGAUUCAAAGCUGUAUCGUAGUGUGCCACUCCGAAGUCGUGGUCGAUGGGCUCGCGAUCUUCUACCUUCGCUUGUCCCGCCACACGAUCGAGGCACUGUUCCCCCAUUUGCUGUUGAGUUCGCCAAGAUGUAUUACCCGUGAUCCUAGCUGCCACUCGUUACGACCGGUCGGUGCCACCUUGGUGGCCGGGCCCGAUUGCGGUGGGCGGCUCCGGGCGGCUUUGUGUGUCGGAGAGAACAUGAAGAAUCCUUAG